AGACAUAGAGAGAGAUACGGACCUUAUCUGAACAGGCUGGAGACACACCUGCAGCGGGAUAGACAAGGAAUGGGCGAUAUCUCUGCUACGAUGAUCAAGAGCGAGCCUGACGAGCCCAACAACCCCCAUCAGUUCAUGAUGUCGCCUUCUGCCUACGGGAUCCCGACGCCGUCCUACGGCAACCAGUUCGGUGGCUCAGGCACAGGCACAGGCACAGGAGCCGGAGCCAACGGAAGCGAGGGAAUCGAUCCGUCAGAGCUCACCAUGCAACAAAACGGCUUCGUCUCCCACCACCAUCCGUUCGGCUCCCAAAAUCUGUCCUCUAGUUUCACACUCGGCAACGCUGGAAUCGAUACCGACGAGCUACUCGACCUCGAAAUCAACGGUCAGAACCUCUCAAGAGACGAUGGCCUUGACCAGCGCCAGCCUACCGCCAUCUCCAUGAGCCACCAGGGCCAGAUGUCCCAUAUCUACUCCAGCACACCCGACGGUGCUCCCAUACAGUCACCUUUCCUACGCUCUUCCUUCAACUACGACCAGUUCCGCCAGGUGCAGCAUACACCACAAGCGACCUCGCCACACAUGAACGCCAUGAACGUCCACUUUGACCAAAACUACUCUGUCGCAGGUAAGGCUGCCCGCAACUCCUUUCACGGUGACGCGAGAAGCCCCGUCACUCCCAAGACUCCCGGCAUCGGCAUCGGUGGGCUUAAUAUAAAUACUCCAGACUCAGGCAGCUAUUCCUCGCAGCCCAUCCGUGCCGUUAGUCUACAAUCUCAGCAUCAGAAGAGCAUGUCUGGGCAGUGGAACGGCACUCCCGGUAGCGCUCAAUCACUUAUGGAGUCCCCGAUCUCUUCACCCGGUGGACACCACGCUUCCCACCAUGCCAACAUCCACGAGAUGCUCAAGUCCGCUAAACAUGCUUCCCUGCCGGCCAAAGUUGACUCCCUCCACGGUCACCACCACUCGUCUUCCUCCCAGUCACUCGAGUCCCAAGAAGCCAAGCGCCGUCGGCGUCGUGCCUCACAUAACAUGGUCGAGCGCCGACGAAGAGACAACAUCAACGAACGCAUCCAGGAUCUUUCUCAUCUUGUACCUCAACACCGUCUCGAAGAUGAAAAGAUCCGCAAGCAGUUAGUCAACAACUCCGCUCUCUCCACUUCCUCAGGCGCCAACGCUUCCUCCCCUCCAAACCACAACCCUGCCACAUCCCUGCUCGCCGGUCCCUCCGCCCGGCGCGCCACCGCAGGUAACAUCACUAUGGGCCUGCCCAUCGAGGAGAAGGAGAAAGGCCCCAAUAAGGGCGACAUCCUCAACGGUGCUGUCGGCUGGACUCGUGACCUCAUGUGGGCUCUACAUCGCAAGCUCGAACAGGAGGACCAGCUCGCGGAGUACAUUGCCUCACUUGGUGGUCAGUGGCCCUUUGAGCAAACCGAAGAAGAUCGCCGGAUGAGAACAGAGGUUUUCGAUGCCAUGGAGGCAAACGACGGUGUCAACUUCUCUUAUUCUCGUGGAGUCGGAAGCGGGCUCCGCGUCCCGAAACAUACAACAAUCUCAGGCGAAUCGCUUCCUCAGUCAAACAGCCCCUCGCAAGACCAAUCACAACCGCAGACUCAACCGCAAACCCAAUCCCAGACCCAAACGUCGGGCAACAGUCCCGGUUUCAACAGCUCUCAGUUCUGGAAUAGCUCAGGACACAUCGGCCUAAGCGUCAAGGAAGAAGACGAAUAUGCAAUGGAAAUAUGA